GCCGCCAGCCAGCAACUCGGGUAGACAAUUCCUCUCCAAUCCAUUGCAAUUCAACAGUGGACGCACCAGGAACCGCCUGCAGCAGGUCAAGUCUCGGGUCAAAUUGGCAGAAACGAGAAAGCGCACAGACAACACCACUCAACCUCACAUCAUGUCCGCCAUCGCAUCAAGAACCGCCAUGCUCAGCAGGCGCCUAGCCCCUUCGACCCUCUCGCGCGCGGCCUUCACCACCAGCGCGCGGCACCCAAAAUCGGCCGUCGAUGCGGCCACGGAGACCCUCAAGUCGGUCGACCGCAAGGUCUCGGACAAGAUCGUCGACGGCAUCAACAUCGGCACCGCGUACGCCAACAAGAUCAAGGAGGCCACGCACGAGGUGAGCUCGGGCAAGGUGACGGGCAAGGCAGCGGAGCUGCUGGGCGAGAUGAAGGGCAAGGCUCACGAGGCGGCGGGCGAGGCGAAGGGCAAGGCCAGCGAGAUGAAGGGCAAGGCGGGCGAGGUGGCGAGCGAGGCCAAGGGGAAGGCGGGCGAGGUGGCGGGCAAGACGCGCGAGGCGGUCGGGGAGGCGAAGGAGAAGCUUUCUUGAACCUCUUAUAAACAGAGAGGUAAGUUGAAAGCUGACGGGUGAGUGGGGGGAUUGGGGAGGAGGUGCGGAGGGACGACUACCCUCUGGGGGUUGUUGUGGUUGGGAUGCAGAAGGGUAGGAUGCAUGUACGAUAUUGAAGGACGGGAGGGACAGCAAACCAUUACAGCAGAGUGGCUUCGACAGUAUUCCAGUUACGGACGGCGCAAUCGGCAUGUAUGCGCAGCAUUGCUACUUGACACCAAGGCUGAACGAGAAAAAAAGACGAAAUGUACCGGCACCACGGUCCCCCGAAUUCGGACAGCUGAGAAGCCGGGCAGAACAUUUGGUCAAGAAU